UCCAGGCAGGCAGGACGAGGAGCGCAAUUCCAUAAGGGGGGAAAAAAACAUCAGGAGCGAUGACUUGUUCUGGUUCUAAAGUGCCUAUUUGACGAUUUAAGGGUUAUUUGGAGAAACGAACUUGCUCGGGAAAAUGACGUUCCUAUGUCAGUUUGUGCUUUUUAGCUGCAAUUGCAGGGGAUGGCUAACUAAGCUAAGCUAAGCUAAGCUAACAGUUAUCCUGUCCAUUUUAGCCAUCCCUGUCCACCCCCCUCCUGCCCUCCUGCCCCGCCUUCCCUCCCCUCUCCCGGGGGCGCCUCGGUCUCUUGUGCGCUUGUCAAAUGCAAUGCUUGUCACCGUGUGACGCCGGGGAGCUCGUCGACGUGUGAGUGCGGGUAGAUGGCUUGUUGCUACCAGUGCGCGGGCGGCUCGCUUUGCAGGAGGCUCGGAACAAACGUGGCCGGCGGCGUCGCGCUGUCUCCGGGACUCCAGUAGCUAGUGGUCCAUUCAAGGCUCCAGUAGGUUAAAAAGCUGCCCUUUUCUUGGCUAAGCUUCGUGGCGGGGAUUGGAUGAAAAGUCACACCAGGAAUCCAGUUUUGACACCCCCACCUCCCUCCACGUUAGCAGCUUGCAGGGAACACGCUAGCUCCUUUUUUGCCAUGGCAGGGAUCUUUUCCACUUUUUGGCAUUUUUUCUUUUUUCUCUAAGCUUUGCAAACCGAUCAUUUGCAUUGGACGCCAAGUCUCGUCGCUGUCAAAUAUUCCUCAGCAAAGUAGAAAACUCAUUCUUACUUGCAGGGGCGCUCCAAAAAAAAAAAAAACAGGAUUUCAUUUGCAGCCACUUGUGAGCUUGACUCGAUAAUAAUAGUCUGUCAGGCGGACUUCUUUGUGUGUCUGAUGCGGGGAUGACUCUUGACUCCAUGAUGGCUUGUUGCCUGAGUGAAGAGGCGAAGGAGUCCAAAAGGAUCAACUCCGAGAUCGAAAAGCAACUCCGGCGGGACAAAAGAGACGCGAGACGGGAGCUGAAGCUUCUUCUGCUGGGUACCGGCGAGAGUGGCAAGAGUACUUUUAUCAAACAGAUGCGAAUAAUUCACGGCUCGGGCUACACCGAUGAAGACAAGAAGGGCUUCACCAAGCUGGUCUACCAGAACAUCUUCACGUCCAUGCAGUCCAUGAUCCGCGCAACCGAGACCCUAAAGAUACCCUACAAGUUCGAACAGAACAAAAAUAAUGCACAGCUGGUGCGCGAGGUGGACGUGGAGAUGGUGACGUCGUUUGAUCAGCCCUACAUCGGAGCCAUCAAGAUGCUGUGGGCUGACCCUGGCAUCCAGGAGGCCUACGACCGCAGGAGAGAGUACCAGCUCUCUGACUCAACCAAAUAUUACCUUAACGAUUUAGAACGAAUAACGACGUCAGGGUAUGUGCCCACCCAGCAAGAUGUGCUGCGGGUUCGAGUGCCCACCACCGGCAUAAUUGAGUACCCCUUUGACCUGGAGAAUAUAAUCUUCAGAAUGGUGGAUGUGGGCGGUCAGAGGUCAGAGAGGAGGAAGUGGAUCCACUGCUUUGAGAACGUCACCUCUAUCAUGUUUCUGGUGGCGCUCAGCGAGUACGACCAGGUCCUGGUGGAGUCGGACAACGAGAACCGCAUGGAGGAGAGCAAAGCGCUGUUCAGGACCAUCAUCACAUAUCCGUGGUUCCAAAACUCCUCCGUCAUCCUCUUCCUCAACAAGAGGGACCUCCUGGAGGAGAAGAUCAUGUACUCUCACCUGGUGGACUACUUCCCUGAGUUUGACGGUCCUCAGCGAGACCCCCUGGCGGGUCGAGAGUUCAUCCUCAAGAUGUUUGUGGACUUGAACCCGGACAGCGACAAGAUCAUCUACUCGCACUUCACAUGCGCCACCGACACGGAGAACAUCCGCUUCGUCUUCGCCGCCGUCAAGGACACCAUCCUGCAGCUCAACCUCAAGGAGUACAACCUGGUCUGACCCCGAGGACACAAGAGCCCAGACCUGCAGCACGCUCCAGCUACACAGCACAGUCCCAGCUUUGCUCUACACGUCUCCCGGCCUCCACUUUUCAACUCUCUCUUGCGUACUCGUAGGGACGAAAACACUCCAUCAUGGUGGGACUAGUUUUCUUUCUUUCCUCUGUGUUCUCACCAGUGCUUGUGUGUUGCAGGUGGCUCACGUCCAAGCUUUGAUGCUUUAAAAGGGCUCGCUCUCUCCCUUCUAGUGACAGCUGUGCAUGCUGCACACCGCUACAGUGAGGCCAGGAUAUCUGGAGGACAAUAUUAUCUGGCACUCAGGUACUUUGUGUACUUGAAAUAUGUGCUUGAGAGGUGCGUGUAUCGGUGUCAAAAGUCCAGCAGCUCUGUUGAAUGUAAAUAGUCACCGUGUGAGGGCUUUUUGCCAAGUACAGUCGUCAUUCUCAAAGGAUUGUAAACACACUGCCCCUCGUGUUGAAAGUGUUUGUGCCCUUUUAAGAACCUUCUCUUGGACCACACGCUCAUUUAUGAAGAAGUACAGUGGAACCUCCAUUCACAAACUCUUCAACGGGGCUCGUAAAUCCAAAAGUUUGUAUAGUGAAGCAAACAUGUCCGUGAGAAACAAUGUAAAUAGGAAUAGUAGGUUGUCCGUAUUUGUAUACAAUAUAAAGUGUUGUACCAGGGGUGUCCAAACUACAGCCUGCAGACAUCUUCAAUUUUGCCCGCUAAGGUUACUGGAGCGCUGGGAGAUUGCAUUCAUUUAAAAAAAAACUCCUUUAAUGCUGCCAUUUUUUUUGCCAUCAGGUUGACAAUGCGAGUAUAUCAGGUCAAUGACUGUUAAUUUUGUGCUGAAUGGAAUUAAGCGCAGCAUUUACUUAUAUUACCCAACGCAAACAACCUUCCGUAGUCGGCGUGCAAAAAAAUAAAAUAAAAAUGCAACCAACCAACACAUGGUCACACAAAACACAACCUGCUCAUUGAACUUUGUGGAUAUUAUAAAAAAUGUACAUGCAUCAUAAAAUAUUUCUAAAUUGCACCCAUUUAAAGCCAUUACAAAGCAUGAUGGGAAAAAAGCAAAACACUCUUAUCAAUGUUUGGCGCAUUUUAGCUGCUUGAUAUUUCUGAUUGAUUACAAAACUUUUAAGAAGGUCAUCACGGAAGUAAACAAGGAGUCACACUUUCACAUACUUUUAAUAUCCAAAUAUAUUAAUUAUAUAUUAAUAUAAUAUGUACACAUAUAUGUAUAGGCUCUUUAUAAAUAUAUAUAUAUUUAUACAUGUCUGUGUGUGUGUGUAUAUAUGUGUGUAUUAGGGCAGUGGGAAAAAAUCGAUUCAAAUUCGAAUUGCGAUUCUCACGUUGUGCGAUUCAGAACUGAUUCUCAUUUUUAAAAAAUAUUUUCUUUUUUUUUUCUUUUUUUUAAAUGAAUCAAUCCAACAAAACAAUACACAGCAAUACCAUAACAAUGCAAUCCAAUUCCAAAAGCAAAGCCGAGCCAGCAACACUCAGAAGUGCAAUAAACAGAGCAAUUGAGAGGAGACACAAACACCACACACAACAGUUGAGAGGAGACACAAACACCACACACAACAAUUGAGAGGAGACACAAACACCACACACAACAAUUGAGAGGAGACACAAACACCACACACAACAAUUGAGAGGAGACACAAACACCACACACAACAAUUGAGAGGAGACACAAACACCACACACAACAAUUGAGAGGAGACACAAACACCACACACAACAAUUGAGAGGAGACACAAACACCACACACAACAAUUGAGAGGAGACACAAACACCACACACAACAGUUGAGAGGAGACACAAACACCACACACAACAAUUGAGAGGAGACACAAACACCACACACAACAAUUGAGAGGAGACACAAACACCACACACAACAAUUGAGAGGAGACACAAACACCACACACAACAAUUGAGAGGAGACACAAACACCACACACAACAGUUGAGAGGAGACACAAACACCACACACAACAAUUGAGAGGAGACACAAACACCACACACAACAAUUGAGAGGAGACACAAACACCACACACAACAAUUGAGAGGAGACACAAACACCACACACAACAAUUGAGAGGAGACACAAACACCACACACAACAAUUGAGAGGAGACACAAACACCACACACAACAAUUGAGAGGAGACACAAACACCACACACAACAAUUGAGAGGAGACACAAACACCACACACAACAAUUGAGAGGAGACACAAACACCACACACAACAAUUGAGAGGAGACACAAACACCACACACAACAAUUGAGAGGAGACACAAACACCACACAGAACUAACCAAAAGUAGUGAAACUGUAGUGGAUUGUCCGAAGCUUAAGCAGGCAACAAAAGUAGUUUAGUACAACAAAUUUAUUUACCCAUUAUCAGAAGUGCAGGUUGAAUUGAGUUGGUCGUGCAGACAAACCACAAGUUACUCCGGAGACAACAAGACACACACAAGCCAAAAUCACUCCCGAGUUCCGGUCUUCUGCCAUUUUUUAUAUGUCUGUUGUGCGUCAUCGUUCCUUAUCGAGUGCGUCAAUGUCUUGUUUUGCUUUUCCUAUCUGUUCCAUAACAACUGGAAUCCUUUAGACAGUCAACACAUUCUAUAGACAGGUUGGCACGACUUAAUAUUCACUUUUGUCCCACAACUGGUCCAUUCAAUGGCACAAAAAUACAAGAGUAUUGAAAAUGAGCGGACAUUCUUAAAAGACAAGAAAUAUAGGUCAAAAGGUCAGAAAUUCUACUACAAAACAAAAAUGAAUAUUAUCAACAACAGUAUCAAUAUUAGUUACAAUUUCAACAUAGCAGUGAUUAAAAAUCCCUCAUUGACAUUAUCAUUAGACAUUUAUAAAAAAGAACAAUAGUGUGACAGUGGCUUACACUUGCAUCACAUCUCAUAAGCUUGACAACACACUGUGUCCAAUAUUUUCACAAAGAUAAAAUAAGUCAUAUUUUUGGUUCAUUUAAUAGUUCAAACAAAUGUACAUUAUUGCAAUCAGUUGAUAAAACAUUGUCCUUUACAAUUAUAAAAUCUACUACUCUGCUUGCAUGUCAGCAGACUGGGGUAGAUCCUGCUGAAAUCUAUGUAUUCCAUGAAUAGACAAUCCUUUUCAAUCGGGAAAAAAAUCGUUUUUGAAUCGAGAAUCAUGUUGAAUUGAAAAAAAUUUGAUUUUGAAUCGAAUCGUGACCCCAAAAAUCGAUAUUGAAUCGAAUCGUUAGACACCCAAAGAUUCACAGCCCUAGUGUGUGUGUGUGUGUGUGUGUGUGUGUAUAUAUAUAUAAUAAAUAUAUAUAUAUGAAUGAAUAUAUAUAUUAGUUACUUUACAUGCAGUCAGCUUUCGGCCCUCGACCAAAUUUUAAAAAAUGCGGCCCCAAGUCAAAAAGUUUGGACACCCCUGUGUUAUACAGUACUGUAUAUCAUAUACUCAUAACAAGGAAGUGAUGAAUCAACUGUCUCUUUAUUAACAAGCCAAAACAACAACGACAAGCUCAACUGUGCUGGAUGCAAUGCUCUUCCAACACGCGCACACACACAGAAGUACCUUUGGUGCGCUCACAAACGAUCAGAAGUCACAAAAAUCUGUCACUUUACCAACCGUAUUGCUAAAAUAAUAAACACUUAAAAAAGGAAAAUCCACUUACUGUACAUUUACAUCUGCAAAGGACCAGCUCACAAGAGGUAGUCUUCCCCUCCACUGUGAAAUAAGUCCGCUUUGGCAUAUUUUUCCCGAAAAUUCCAUUCUCGUCACAAUUCAAACUUGCUGUAGUACGAAACCGGCUUCCUCAAUAUGUCAGAACGGCUGCGAACGGCACACAAAAUGAAUGAAUGCGUCGUUCGCACACAGAGGCUAAACGUUGCUAAACGGAAAAGUUAGCAAAUAGAGCGGUUUGUAAAUGGAGGUUCCACUGUACAUUGUGCAACACAACCAAUGUUGUAACAGGAGCCAGCUGAUGAGUUGAUUGUAAGCAAGUGGAACACACCAGUCAACAUUUUAAAGCGCAUCUAGAGGUGCUUAAAGCUUCAAAUGCAGCUACUGUCAUCUUGUGGAGGUAAUAAAAACAAAGUCGGAAGGUUGCUUACAGCCACAGCUGUUCAUGCCAUAGAGAACCUGAUUGUUUGCUUUUGAAGACCAGACUUGAAUUGGAGCGCUGAUGGUCUGAUAUCUGUCAGGCUGACUUCAUUUCAGUUGUUAGUACGCCUUUAAGAAAGCAACAUAGCAGAACUCAAGUCCACGUUUGUGUUGCCAAAUUCCUUCUAUUGCCAGUAUUACUUUAAUGCUUGACAAACCUGCCAAAAAUCUCAUGCGUGUUUUCUUGGGUUCGAAAGUUUAUGACGUGAAGAUUCCCUCUUGAAGCGCGGCGGCCGUUGUUGUGGAGACGGGUGUUGUGACCACCUCCCUCUGUGCGCCAUCACAAGUACAGCAGUACCUCGGUUUUUGUGCCGCAUUCCUUCUAAAAGGUUCAUUUGUCCCUUGGGAACUCAUUUAUAUCCAAUCAAGUUGUUCCAAACACAUUUUAUAAAUAAUGAUUCUAGUUUUGCACACAGAAAAGGUUGUGAAAAUACAUCUAAAUGAUGAAUGAAAUGUAUAAAUGAACAUAUAACAUCACUUUGACCUUUAUUUAUUUAUUGGUGGCAAAGAUAGUGAUGAGCGGAGAGGCAGCAUACUUUGCUAUGAGUUAUAUUUUCAAUUCAAGAGUGUUCCUCACCUUCUUUGUCAAAGUGCUUGCACACACAACUUUUUUUGGUCCCACAGUGGAUUAUUUUGAGGUUGUACACAGUUGCACAGAGACUGAGGCUUUGUCCACACAAACUGGUAUUCUUGAAAAACACCUCUUGGAUGUUAAAUGGAUGAGUAGUUUCAAAACAGCUUCUGUCAGCACCAAAACACAUUCGCCAUCUUUCAUGCGCAUUAGAAACUCUCCCUUGUUGUUAGACAUCUACAUUGUCUUUGAAAUCAGCCAUCCAUUUUCUACCGCUUGUCCCUUUCAGGGUCGCGGGGAGUGCUGGAGCCUAGCCCAGCAGCCCAGGAAAAUUAGUAAUGUUUUUUUAAUAUAUAUAAAAAUAUAUUC